AUGCAGUUUGGGGGAAAUCUCGAUGACUGUGGCCUGGUGGACACUGACUACAGCAAUUACGCCAUCGUCCUUGGCCACCGAGUCUACAACGGGCAGAAGAUCUUAGUGCUGCUUCUCUACACGCCGUCGUGUCCCCGGAGCCUGGACUGCACCCUGCGGCGGCGCGAGCUCUGCACGCCCGGCGCGGGCGCCUGCGGGCCCUGUCUCCAGCCCUUCGUGGAAGACGAGCGUGGCCAGUGCGUCCCGAAGAAACACGCGCCCAGCGCUGCAAGCGAGCGUGUGCGGGGCACGAGGGAGUCCCUGGCCACCCACCGGCUCUGCUUGCCCGGGGAGGUUUUGCUGGCAAUGAACCAGGCCACGGACGCGAUGCGGGUGAGCCGGGCGCUCCUGCCCGAGUGCCUGUGCGCGCUGGUGGCCGCCGGCCUCGGCGUCACCGCGGCCCCGGCUCCGCAGCCAUGGCGCCAGUCCCCAGGGAGGACUUCGCUUCCCGGCCUGGAGGAGGAGAUCGAUUUCCUGGCGGACGUGCUGGCCAGGCAAGAUGCUGCUCGCCCGCCGCCGCUGCGUGAUGGCAAAGCCCGAGCUGCCUCAGCCCCGGUGGGGAAGCAUCGCGUUGCCAGCAGGUUGAGAGGGGUUGAGUUUCUGCAGAGGGAUCCUGCCGGCACAAAGGCAGCCACGACCCUUCCCGCCUCAACAACUGAGACAGUGCAGAAAUACCCUGUGGAGGCAUCGCCCAUCCCUUCCAACGACGCCGUGGUGCUCGGGCUCAUCGUGGUGUGCACCGUGGCCGGCAUCUCCGCGCUCCUCGUGGCUGCUGUCUGCUGGUGCAGGCUGCAGAAGGAGGUCAGGCUGGCGCAGAAAGCAGACUACUCGGCGCAGAGAGUGCCCAGCCCCUUGCCCUAUGACAACAUCUCGCCUGGGGACAAGACGCUGGCUCAGAGUGCCCAGAUGUACCACUACCAGCACCAAAAGCAGCAGAUGCUCUCCAUGGAGAAGCAUAAAGAGGAGCCCAAGCUGCCGGACUCUGCGUCGUCCGAUGAGGAGAAUGAGGAUGGAGACUUCACUGUGUACGAGUGUCCAGGGCUGGCUCCGACUGGAGAGAUGGAAGUGAGAAACCCACUGUUCGACGACUCAACCUUACACCCCCCGAACCUCAAGUCGCACCAGUAACGCCCGUCCUCGCUCCUCGCGCCCGAGCUCGCCACGGACUGUACGCAGAACGCCCGAAGGCAGCGCAGGCAGCGCCGCCGCAGGGGCACCCGC